AUGCAUGCAUUCUCCGUGCUCAUGGGCUUGCUAAGUCUAGGCCUUGCCCAACAAAAGCCAAAUGUCCAGCUCAUCGACCCCAUCAACCGGUUCAAAGACAUGAACUUGUCACUGCCGCCUCCUAGUGACGUUGUCCUCCAGAGCAGCUUCGAAGUUCGUCCGGACUGUGGAGAAACAAGCUACAAAGGAAACGGGAGACUUCAAGGUCUCAAAACACUGAUCACGGGCGGCGAUUCUGGCAUUGGCAGGGCUGUAGUCAUUGCCUUCCUCCGAGAAGGGGCGCAAGUGGCUAUCAACUACCUCCCCGAGGAGGAAUCCGAUGCGGAGGACCUUGCCAAAACCUUAGAGCCUGAGGGACUUACGUUUGAGCGUAUCCCUGGAAACUUGCUAAACGAGACCUUCUGUGCCAACCUUGUUAAGGAAGCAUCGGACCGUCUUGGGGGGAUUGAUAUUGCGAUACUAAACGCGGCCCAUCCGGGUAACCUCACCUCCACGAUCGAGCACCAAGAAACCUCGCACCUCGAGCGCAUCUUCCGGACCAACGUCUUCGCCAACUUCUUCCUCGUCCGCGCGCUCACCCCAAUCCUGCCCCGCGGCGGCACCAUCCUCUUCACCACCUCCGACAUCGUCAACAACCCGGCCCCCACCGCCGUCGACUACGGCGCCAGCAAGGCCUCCAUCAGCCACAUGAUCCGCGCUCUCGCGCACCAGCUCGCGCCGCGCGGCAUACGGGUCAACGGCGUCGCGCCGAGCAUUACCUAUACCCCAGCCCUGCCCGGCGGCGGCUAUACGACGGAGUUUAUAAACGACUUUGCGGCGAAUAGUGUCUGGGGCCGCAUCGAGCAGCCGGCGGAGUUGGCGCCGUUCUUUGUCGCGCUGGCGGACCCGCAGGGGAGCUUUGCGAGUGCGACGAUUUUGUCGACGACUGGUGGUGAGCCGGGGCCGCAUUAA